AUGUCCAGAAUGUCUCUGGCUUUAUGUAUCACGCUCGUCCUCCAGUUCUGGAUCGCCUUGGCCUCUAGAACCGACCUGAGUGCUCGCUCAAACACAGGUUUCGUUACUGUAUCUGGUGGGCGGUUCCAACUGAACGGAAGUCUUUGGCGCUUCUACGGCACGAAUGCAUACUGGCUGCAAAUGUCUACGAACGACGACAUCGACCUUACCUUCCACACUAUAGCGACCGCUGGCUUUAGAGUCGUUCGCGCUUGGGCUUUCAAUGAUGUGUCCAGCAAGCCAUCCUCCGGCACCUACUUCCAGAUUCUACAGAACGGCAAGGCAACUAUUAACACAGGUGCAGAUGGUCUCCAGCGACUCGACCAAGUCGUUGCUGCCGCUCAGAAGUACGGGGUGAAGCUCCUGCUCACGCUUACGAAUAACUGGAACCCUGAGAGACCAACGCCCUCUACCUCUUGGGACCGUCGGCAAGUCACUGAUAAUGGCAAGUUCUCUGAAAGAGGAUUUCUCUCUAAUGACUACGGCGGAAUCGAUGCAUACGUCCGAAACUUCCAUCCUGGUGGCACGCACGAUUUGUUCUACACCGACAGCACUAUCAUCAGCGCUUUCAAGAACUACGUUGCUCAAGUGGUUAAGCGGUAUGCCAACAACCCAACAGUCCUUGGAUGGGAAUUAGGGAACGACUUACGCUGCUCUUCCACUGUCUCUGCGUCUUCGAGCUGCAAUCCGCAAACUAUCACCAAAUGGGUUUUCGAAAUAUCAAACUACAUCAAGACACUUGAUUCGAACCAUCUUGUCACAGCUGGUGAUGGCGGUUUUUACUGUCUAGGUUGCAAAAAAUUGUACGCCAAGCAGUCCGCACAGCCAAACGCGGUGAUUUUCCCUGGACCAUCGUUCGACGGCUCGUAUGGAGUGGACACAGAAGACAUUCUCGCCAGCCCUUGUAUCGACUUUGGUUCUUUCCAACUCUUCCCAGAUCAAGUUACCUACUUCCCUGAUUCGGUGAAGUCUUUUGCUACCAAGGCUAUCGGCGAUGGCGGCAAAUGGGUCGGGGCGCACUCGGCCACCGCCAAGCAGCAAGGCAAGCCGGAAGUGCUGACAGCCAUGGAACUUGUCACGAAGGACUUCUGGCAAUUCUUCGUUCCUUUCAAUGCGACUGCUCCCUUCCCCGACACCAUACCUUGCCGCGGUGUGGAGGAGUUCCAGAUGACAUACGCAUUUACGUCUUGGUCAGGAACCUCCCUCAACGGCGACGUUGACGGCGUAUUGGAAUACCCUUGGGUCCAACAUGGCCUUACCAGUCACGGAACGACCUUUCCCAAUGCCAAGAGAGACUUGACAGAUUCCCCUCCUGGCGGAGGAAAGUAA